AUGGGCCGCCGCCCUGCCCGCUGUUACCGGUACUGUAAAAACAAGCCUUAUCCGAAGUCUCGCUUCUGCCGCGGUGUCCCUGAUGCCAAGAUCCGCAUCUUUGAUCUGGGUCGGAAGAAGGCAAAAGUGGACGAGUUCCCGCUCUGUGGUCACAUGGUGUCUGAUGAAUAUGAGCAGCUCUCCUCAGAAGCCCUAGAAGCCGCCCGUAUUUGUGCCAACAAGUACAUGGUGAAAAGUUGUGGCAAAGAUGGCUUUCACAUCCGAGUGCGACUCCAUCCUUUCCACGUCAUCCGCAUCAACAAGAUGUUGUCCUGUGCUGGGGCCGACAGACUCCAGACAGGUAUGCGAGGUGCCUUUGGGAAGCCGCAGGGUACCGUGGCCAGAGUCCGUAUUGGCCAAGUCAUCAUGUCCAUCCGUACCAAGCUUCAGAACAAGGAGCAUGUGAUCGAGGCCCUGCGUAGAGCCAAGUUCAAGUUUCCUGGACGCCAGAAGAUCCACAUCUCCAAGAAGUGGGGCUUUACCAAGUUUAAUGCUGAUGAAUUUGAAGAUCUCGUGGCUAAGAAGCGCCUCAUCGCAGAUGGUUGUGGUGUCAAGUACGUCUCCAGUCGUGGCCCCCUGAGCAAAUGGCAGACCCUACGUUCCUGA